UCCUCCGCCGUUUUACUCUACAGCUGCUUCGCGGACGGAAGACGGCAGGAGGGGAACACGGAGGCCUUUGAUAUUUGAAAGCACACCCUGGGAAAGAUGGCAGCCAUCAGGAAGAAGUUGGUGAUUGUUGGGGAUGGUGCAUGUGGGAAGACGUGUCUGCUCAUCGUCUUCAGCAAGGACCAGUUCCCCGAGGUCUACGUCCCCACGGUGUUCGAGAACUACAUCGCUGACAUCGAAGUGGAUGGCAAACAGGUGGAGUUGGCGUUGUGGGAUACAGCAGGUCAGGAGGACUAUGACCGACUGCGGCCUCUCUCUUACCCUGACACAGAUGUUAUCCUCAUGUGCUUCUCUAUAGACAGCCCCGACAGUUUAGAGAACAUUCCCGAGAAAUGGACGCCUGAAGUGAAACACUUUUGUCCUAACGUCCCCAUCAUUCUCGUGGGUAACAAGAAGGACCUGAGGAAUGAUGAACACACACGCAGGGAGCUGGCCAAGAUGAAACAGGAGCCGGUGAAGCCGGAGGAGGGCAGAGACAUGGCCAACCGCAUCAGCGCCUUUGGCUACCUGGAGUGCUCCGCCAAGACCAAGGACGGCGUGCGGGAGGUGUUUGAGAUGGCCACUCGAGCGGCGCUGCAGGUCCGCAAGCGCAAGAAGAGGGGCGGCUGCCAGCUCCUGUGAGGGGGCGGAGUCUGUUGGCCAAUCGGCACCGGAGGGAGGAGUCCCGCCUGAGAGGAACCUUCAUGCGAUGGCUUCCGUGGACUAUCUCACUUCACAGAUGCAGAGAUGCCACAGGAGAAUAUGAAAGACUGACCCGCCUGUUGAAAAGCAAAACAAAUCCGCCUUUGAUUUUAAAUUAUAUUUCCUCUGCUACUCACACACCGUUGUUUAUCUUUGUUUGCGGCUGUCUUCCUCCACCCGGCACACACGCUCCUCGUGGGAAGGACCUGGCCUCCUCCCUCUUGUCUGAAUGUAUGUUUGUAUCUAUGUGCUUACAAACAUAUCAUGUCCGUGUUAUGUUUGCGAAGAAGGGGCUGUCUUCUUGAGGGUCACAUGCCUCCUGGAUGGCAAGACCAUUUUAGGAUGUGCUUCAAUAGUAUGGACCCCUGCUUCAGUCCGACCUGCAUGUACCACGUUCUCCUUGAGGUCAGCUGAGGUCACCAUCCACCUGGCACACCACUAUUCCUUUCCCCCCCGCGUGUGGAGUCGGCAGAGCUCCGUUUCCCUCAGCUUUACCGACUCCAUCUAGAGCCCGUUACGUUACAUCAACUGAAGCAGCAGCAACUAUUUGUGUGGCGAGGUUUUGGACGGCACCUUGCUGUGGCGACGGCGUCCACCGGAGACAGAGGGCUAUUGUCCUGGACACGGCGCCGAGUCCAGCAGACGGGCCUCCACCGAGACGCCAACGCCGCCCCUGAACUCGGCCCUGUUCAUGAGAUCCAGUCAUGAUGCAUCACUGGAGCGACACACAAUGGAUGCACACUGUAUACAAUUCAGACAGAUGAGUUAUAUAUUCUGUGCAUAAGUUUCAAUAAAUGUCCAGUUGACGGCUCAAAUGUUUCAUUGACGAUGUGAUGAUGUCUCCUCAGACCAGCAGCCUUCUUCACUGUUUAGAAUGGGGGCUUUGUUGUUGUCCUCUAGGCCUUUCAUUUGACACCCAAGGGACAUCGCUUGAAAUGUUCUUGUAAUAACUUGCAUAUCUGAGUGUGUGUCUGGGGUCCGGUCUCAGCUGCACCAGUGAGUCAUAAAAGUUCUGUUCACAGAAUAAGGAAUUGCAACAGAAUUAUGUUAAAAGUUCUGAGAAACAAGCGUCAGUGGUAGCGACCAUAAUUGUCUGUGUGUGUUCAUCACUGACAUGAUCAUAACGCCACCAUCUUUACUGCAUCCCUCUUGUUGGUGUUUGUGUCGUGGCUGAAGCAGAGAGAUGCAUGCAGUAAAUCUCCUCUAGCAGGUCCUGUCGUGACAGAAUGUGUAUUUAGUGUGACGGCUGUGGUCCUCUAACCAUUACAUGCAGAGCACAUGGAUCACAAUGUGGCCGGAUGGUCUGAUUUCUGGGCUGUUCUGUUUUGUUUAACACAAAUGGUAGAUUGUGAUGAUGCUUUACAAACGGGAGCGAGAUGUGUAGAAUGUCUGGAUGAGACAAACAUGAUAUUAAAGUAUUUUUGAAAUACUACGUAAUCUUAA